AUGCCUUCCAUACUGAAAACGCAUCAUUUGCAGGCAGGGGAGGAAGAGGAGACCCAUCAGACUCAACAGCGUGUACUUUCAGUCAAGAACUCAGCCCCCUAUACUCCGCCCAAGUUGGACUCUUUGCCCCGUGAACGCAGCCACCAUCAUUCGGCUCUUACGGAUCUCUCAGGGGCCUGGACAUGGACCAAGUCUGAUGCAGUGAAUCAACACAAAGAACAUCUAGUCAACAAUGUACACGCUGCGCAUGACUCUGUACCUGGCUCAUCGCUGGCUCAGAAUCACGUGCCCGACUAUGUGUUGAAUGGGCGAAAGCGCAACCACAACGCGUCUUUUGUCGAUGCACUUCCAACGCACAAGGCCAUCGCCACUGCAUACUACUUUCCUGGAAAUAAUGUUGGGAACCAUGCUCGAAUUUUGCCUCAGCAAUCACUGUACUCUGAUCCCGCCACUGGCACGAGCGGAGACGAGUAUGAGUCAGAUACAGACUUUCAUGUGAGGAUUGUGGAAGUAGGUGGGGAUUCAACCAUCUCGGGUGCCCAGGAAGAGUUGGGCUCGUAUGUUAAAAGUGAAAGCUCUCUGUGCGCCUCGCCUGACCUCGGCUUGUCUUUGCUCGAGGAUGUACCAUUCAAACAAGGCUCUUAUUCCGACUUCUUGAAGCUCCCUUGUGAACUACCAGAACAUGUCGAAAGAGCAGUCAGCGUCAUUUCGGAUGCUGGUCACCAGCAGGAAAUGCGACAAAAGCAGGACCAUCGGCCAAAGCGAAAGGAUUCGGGCCUCUUGUCUCGACAGCCAUUUGACCUGCAAGAGCUCAUCUUCCGUGCCAUGGUCCGCGUACGGAAAAAUGAGUCACAUAUUCCUGAUUCAGGCUUCCUUCCACGAAAACAACUAUACCACGUCGUUAACGAAGAUUCCGUGGCCAGACAGCUCUCCUUGAAUCCAGACUUUACGCGUUCGCAUACGCCUGAAAACAUAGCAAACUACGCCAAGAUAGUCUGUGAAGAGGCGUUGGUGGAGCACAAUGGCAAGAAAAAGUUGCGGUCUUAUCAAAAGAUUUUUGCAAUACUCAUGUUGGUAGAGAUGGCGCCCUCCAUCUCACAUUUUCUCGAAGAGAAUGUUAGCGAUCUUGAUCUACCUCUGGUAGCGCUUCGGGAGAAUGAUGUGGUAAUGGGUAUCCGCCGUCAGGAAUCUGAUGGAACACCGCAGUCAACUCCUCUCCAAUGCUUCAAUCGUCAUCACUGGUCACUUGCAAAGCUGCGAAACUUUGAACGCGAGCAGUGGAAUGUUCUGGCUCCAUUUUUUUCACAGGGCGAGAACGGCGAGGCCAAACAUUAUGAACUGCAAGACCAUCAUAUCCUGCCUUUUCUUGCUACAAAGCUGGCAGAGGACGAUGACGCGGAGUACCACGGAGGCUUUGCCAAGGUGAUGAUGGUUCAAAUUCACCCUGAUCACCACGACUUCAAAGAUGAAGCCCAGUGUGAUCGCGGUUUCGCUAUCAAACAGCUGUAUGAUAGUGACCGCGAGUCUUUCAACCGUGAAGUGUACAUUCUAAGAAAGUUCAGCGGAGCACGCACUCACAAGCAUAUUGUAUCCCUACUCGCAACUUACGAGCAACGCAACAAGUUCAACUUCAUCUUCUAUCGUGCCGAGGGCGAUCUCUUCAAACUCUGGAAUGAGCUGAUGCCCAACCCUGUAUUUGACUAUCAGGCCGUUUUGUGGAUGGCUGAACAGUGUGCCGGUAUUGCAGCAGGGCUCAUGAAAUUGCAUUUUGACCUGAGUUUCUCAGUCCGUCGAACCGAUACGGGUGGCCAGCAAACUCAGAGACCUGGCGAAGACAAACGAAUGAAAGUUGGUCCUCAGCUCGAGCAUGUGCGAACGGAUUCUAUGCAAUCAAAUGGCGUCCGUGUUCGAUUACUAUUGCGACAAGAACAUACUCACAUGAGCAGCACUGGACGCACGGAGCCUGCGAUUCUACAGAACGAUGAGGACAAGGUAGAGGUGCGCAAGUACGGCCGUCACGGUGACAUCAAUCCAGGCAACAUUCUGUGGUAUUGUGGCAGUCCUGAAAUCAGCGACAAACCUUGUGGCACACUUAAAAUCGCGGACUUUGGCCAAGCAGAACUGAACUCCCUUCAGAGUAGAACGAGGCAGCGAAGCGUUGCUAAUACCAUGACCUACCGGCCUCCAGAGUGUGACAUACAGCCAAAGCGCAUUCGCCAGUCCUACGACAUCUGGUGUCUGGGCUGUGUCUACCUCGAAUUCGUCACUUGGCUGCUUGGUGGUAAGGUCUUGUUCAACAAAUUUGGCGAGAAAAGGAAAGCGCGCGAUCGAUACUUGAACAACGAGAUCACGGAUACGUUCUUCGAGUUUGUGAAAAAUCCCGACAGCUCAGAUUUAGACGACUUGGGAGUAAGAGUGAAGCCUGCAGUCAGUAAGUUCAUCCAUGAGUUACAUCGACAUCCCAAGUGUACGGAAUAUAUUCAUGAGCUUUUGGUCUUUAUACAAAACGACAUGCUCGUUAUCGCAUCUGAGCACCGCUUGACUUGCGAGAAAGUCCAAGACCAACUAAAGAAAAUUUACAAAAGAUGUCUCCAAGAUCCUCAGUAUGCGGCCAAAGCUCGACCGUGGACGACGGGAAACAAGCAAAUGGUAGACCCACUGCCGGAGUCCAUGAAGGUGGACUUGCCCGUCGAGGUUGAGAAGAAGAUUUCUGAAAAUUUAACAGCUAGCCCAGCGCCCUACAGUCAGACUCGCUUCACCUGGUUCACCGGUACCUUCACUGCAAAACCUCAGUGGAUAGGCGCGGACAAGGAACGUAAUCCAUACCCCGCCAAGGAAUCAGGAAUGACUGAGAGCUGCUUGUCCAAUGAGUUUUGUGGCGGUCAUUUCAGGCCAUUGACUGUCACUAAUUCUGGACCGCGGAGGGACUCUAGCAACCAAACAAGAGCGAACGAGUCCAUGAUAUCGAUCAAUGACAUCUCAGCUGAAAUAUUCGUGAAGCCCAAGACAGGUAGAAGAAGAAUUCGUGACCAGAAUGCGACCACGUCCCUCGUGGAUCAGCUACCUAGGUUGUACGCAGUUAGUACUUAUGAUGACAAGCCGCGCAACUACUUGACAGAUCACACGAUCAGACAAUACAUAACCAAGGUUGCUGUCCAAGAACAACUGGAAAAGUCGGUCCUAUACCGUGAUUACGAUGCAGAUGAACGACAAGCGUUAGUCGACUGGAUUGUUACAAGAGCACUGAAGGUCUUUACCAUCACAUUACAAUGCAAGUCAGAUUAUGACUUUGUACACGAUGCCAUGCUGGUAUUUUCAGAGGCCGACUUCGAAGACAAGGACCUUCCCAUUGAUGAUCCACAACUUUAUCCUGACAGGGACGUUUUACGAGUUGCGAGUGCGUUCCCAAGCGAUCUCUGGGGGAAUUGGACGUAUUGGAAAUUCUAUGAGGAGCAAUGGACAUGUUUGGCGCCUGUUUUUUCUUCGACCAAAUACACCUACAAUGAAUUUGCUCAGUGCAUUUUUCCCUUUAAGAUUGAGAGUGACAGACCGAGAGUCGGUGCCUUCGGUUCUGUCACCAAGGUCAGGAUACAUGACGAUCACCACAUAAGUCCUGGAUCCCGAGUGGUCGCUAUCAAGGAAAUCAGAGUGACAAGGGGAAACGACAAGAGCGGAACCGAUGUCGCUUGGGAUCGGGAGGCGACAGCACUGGCGAAGAUCAACAUACUCAAUCAUCACCACAUUAUACGGUGUGAUGCGGCAAUAAGGAGAGGUGACAGCCGCUAUUUCAUGUUCCCCUGGGCCGAGGGUGGCAGCUUGCGUGAUCGCUGGGAGUCAAUGCCAAAACAAGAUCCAAGUGCCGAACUCAUCACAUGGGCUUUGCAUCAGAUAAGAGGGCUUGCUGAUGCCCUUGAUACCUUGCAUCAGUGUAAUAGUAGCCAGGACGGACAAAAUGGAUUGCAUGACGACGAAAACAACACCCAGAUCCCAGAAGUGCAGCUUUACGACGAGCACGGCAAGCCAAAGCAUGUUGUGAUGGAAGACACGAGAUCCAUCCGGCAUGGCGAUCUGAAGCCGGAGAAUAUUCUUGUCUUUAUGGAUGGCUCGUCUGAGCGAGGAACGAUGAAAAUUGCUGAUAUGGGACUUGCAAAACAGCAUAUUGAAAAGACUGGAGACCGAAGAUUCCAAACCAGCACCCGAUAUGGCACGAUCCAGUACGAGCCCCCUGAAGCGGUGGAGACUGAAAAUGGUGGUCGCUCUCGGUUGUAUGAUGUGUGGUCGAUGGGAUGCAUCGUUCUGGAGUUCGUCAUCUGGAUACUACAUGGGAACGACCAACUGGUGAAUUUCCACGACCAGGUCAAAGGCGAUGGAAAGCAAAUAGGCCCGUAUUUUGAGAAGCAAAGUAAAGACGCACUUCGACGCGAGGUUCACCACGUUGUGCGUCGCUGGAUCAAUCAGAUGCUCCAGUUUGACCCUGAAUGUUCCAAGGAUUCUGCGAUCAAAGACCUUCUCAGACUUGUUCGUGAGAAGCUCUUGGUGGUCCCUCUGCCACCAGGCCGUGAAAGCGACUUCAACGGAAAACCCCGCCUCGUGCCGCCAGGGAUCGACGAGGAUGUAACUCGCUAUCGUGCAACGGCUACCGAGUUCCGCGAAGCCAUGGAUGAGAUCAUCUCGAAGACACAUUGUCCAGAAUAUCUACAUGUAGGUGGUGAACGGGCAUCCAUUAAGUUGCUGUUAUCGAGAGGGAGUUCUACUGGCGCAGGGCUUGCGCCUCACACUGAAAGGCUUAGCUCGCCUCUUGCGCUUGGGACUGGAGAUGCUGCACCGCUGAGUGAUCAUGGAGCAUUAUCGGAACUUGCGAGACGAGAUUACACGCUACCUCCUCUGAAGGAUUGGGUUUACACUCGUGACGACCCAUUCGCGGAGAAAGUAUUGUCGCAAAUUAAGAGUCACCAGCAGCCAUCACGACCAUCUCAGCUUUGCCACCGAUGCAGCAACUUGAACUUCUGGGAGGCAGGAUUUUCCAUCAGUGACACACGAUCGAAUUUGUCGCAGAACGCAAAGGACUGUCAGUUGUGUAAGUUGUUGAUGACGGCGAUCUCGAAUGCAAAUACCAAAGAGGAGGAGAAUAUCGUCGUCGACAAGAGACAAUCACAUCUCUUCCUGCCAGGUUAUCCCACCCCAGUCCUGUCACUUGUCCGAAGUACCAAAUCAAGGUCGCUGGUAGACUGCCAGCUGGGAUUCCCAAUUCUUCUGCCGCCCGGAUCGACUGAAUUUUACGGCAUCCUCAAGAUGUGGCUUGAGGUUUGCAAUAAUACAUCGGUCACCAACGACAACCAUAAAGACUGUUACGUAAAGCUGCGCGAACGACUACCAACUAGACUCAUUGACGUAGGCACGCUUGAUACUCCGAUACUACGCCUAGUGCCAACUGGUAACAAUGCCAUCACAUCUGAGGAGUACAUAGCGCUCUCACAUCCAUGGGGCGAUCCGACAACGUAUACGACGUUCCGGACGCUGAACUCAAACAAGCAGUCAUUCGAAGAAGCCAUACCAUACCAAGAACUCCCAGCCACCUUCAGAGACGCGGUAGAUUGCACUCGGCACCUAGGAAUCCGGUACCUAUGGAUCGACUCCAUCUGCAUAGUACAAGGCGAUGACGGUGACUUCCAUGAAGAGGCAAAACACAUGGAGUCCGUCUUCAGCGGGGCAUACUGCGUCCUCGCAGCCAGCCGGGCAACCAACCAACUCAGCGGCUUCCUCAACAGCCGACCGAAGCGAAAUUUCGUAACGAUCGAUCACGCCGCAGAAGGACCAUUCUAUGUCUGUGAGGCCAUCGACAACUUUAACGAUGAUGUGAUUCAGGGGUCAUUGAAUAAACGCGGAUGGGUGUUACAAGAGAGGGUACUCGCGCGAAGAACUAUCUACUUUACCAAGACACAAACUUACUUUGAAUGUGGGGCCGGGAUUCGGUGCGAAACGAUGACUACCAUGCACAAUCCAAUGGCCGAAUUCCUCGGCGACCCCAAAUUUCCCCACAAAACACUGCGCAAUCGCGGCUCAAAGAUUGCUUGCUUCCAGGGCUUAUACGAGCAAUAUUCCCGCCUUGGAUUCAGUCGACCUGAGGACCGACCGAUUGCCAUUGCAGGGCUGGAAAAGCGACUACAAAGAGCCUUUGGAACAAAGGGCACCUACGGCAUCUUUGACGACGGUGAAUUGAAAGAAGACGGAUUAUUUGGGAGAAGUCUGCUCUGGCGACGUAGCACAGUGACUGGAGGCGCGGGAUCUUUUGCGCGCAUUGACUUUCGUGCAACAGGUCUUGCUCGCGUUCCUAGCUGGUCUUGGAUGGCGUAUCAGGGUGGUAUCGAGUACACGAAUCCGCCGUUCAAUAGUGCGUGUUGGGAGAGGGAGGAACUGAAAGCGCCUUGGACACGCAGUGGAAGUCACAUUGCAGACUCGGCACCCGAGCAGAAUGAGAUAGCGUUGCAAGUUAUGGUUCGGGACCUUGAUGUUGGUGCCGCACAGGAGGAUGAGUUUGAACUUACUUACGAUACCAAGAGGACUGCUGAUUCCAAUGAGCGGCAUGCACAGUGUGUUGUUGUUGCUAAGCCUCAGAAUGGUACUUCUAUUGGAGAAGGCAGGUAUUACGUCUUGCUUGUGCGUUCCAUGCAUAGGAUGGCAGGGCGCGGAGAAAGGUUUUAUGAGCGCGUUGGUGCGGGCUACUUACUUGGGAAGUAUAUUAGAUUGGAUGGGAGUGGAGUUGCAGCGAAGAUUGUUUAG